UCUCUGUUUGUAUCGCGACUCGGUCGUUGGCUUGCUCCAAAAUAUUAUACGCCCCGAAAGUCAGUGCGAGCAUAGCCACGACCGUGACAAGAUCGAAGUCAAAAGUCAUAGUUAAUUCUUCGCCAAAGCAAUGACCAAGGUGAGGUUUUUCUUAGUGAGCCACAAAGAUCCGUGGAUCUUCAAGGAAGUGCGCAAAAUCUACUACGUCUUCGACAUUUUCAGGAGUUUCGCGAAUCUGCGCGAAGCACAGUUAUCUAUCUUCCCAGGUCUGCAAGGCAGAAACUUCGACAUCCUCUGGGAAGAUGAAGAAGAUAUGAGUAUUACCAUAACCAACGAUGAUGAAUUAUAUAUCGCAAUGACCGAAUUAAAGCGAAAAGAAACCAUGGAGGAGGAUGUUUUUUACGAUAUAUACAUUUUGUUGUCGAAGCAAGAUUUGGAAACAUGGACAAGUUUCAAUUAUAGGCCUACCAUCGAUACCAUGGAAAACGGUUCCUGCAAGAACUUUAUUACCAGCGGUGUUAGAGAAGGAAUGGGGGAAAAGUGGAUGUUCAAGUUACACUUAGUUAAUACCGCGAAUCCAUGCCUCUUCGAUGAAAUACGUAAACUGAACAUCGAAACCAACAUCGUAUUCAAUCUCGCAAAUCUGUACACAAAACUAGAAACUAUAUUUCCAAAUCUACAGGGCAAGAAUUUCCAAGUCACCUGGAAAGAUAGACGACAUCACAAAUGUCCCGGAUUCUACAUUACCAUAACCAACAUAGAGGAACUAGCACUUGCAAUCGAGGAAAUGUAUUGGGCAUCUACAGAUUAUUGCCAAAAAUUCUACUAUCUGUACAUUCGGCUAUUGAACUAAAUACGAUAAAGACAUAACCAAGAUUGAGUAAUCACUAAUCAAAAAAUAAAAAAUUAAGUAAAGUAUUAGAAAUUAAUAGCUUUUAAGUUACAAUUAGUUAAUUUUGAAUGAUUUAAUUUUUAAUUUUAAUCAUUAUUUUUAAAAUAAAUUUAAAUUUGAACUUUA